AUGCACAUUGAUCUGAUUCAUCAUUUGGAGAAAUUAAGUGAUGAUGAUUGCUGGUCCAUACUUGUAACAUAUGCAUUUCAUGAUGAAAUUGCCAAUUCAUCACAUUCAGCCUAUGAGGCUAUUGGUAAGGAAAUAGCCAAGAAGUGUAGAGGUCUACCAUUAGCUCUGAAAACAAUAGGGAGUCUCCUGCGAUCCAAAAGAGAUGUUAAGGAAUGGGAGAAGAUAUUACAGAGCAAUAUGUGGGAUUUAUUAAGUGACAACAUGAUUCCAGCUUUGAAAUUGAGUUAUCAUUAUCUCGCUUCCCAUUUAAAACAAUGUUUUGCUUAUUGUGCCACAUUUCCAAAGGGUUAUGAAUUCUACAAGGAGGAUUUGGUUCGUAUAUGGAUAGCAGAGGUUUUUGUUGUAGAUGCUAAAGACGAUAAUAGUGAAGAUGUGGGUGAUGAAUACUUAAAUUAUCUUGGUUGUUGGCUUCUUCUUGAGCUGCUAAUCAACAUAGGCAGAUCAAGCGGGUCAAGUAUUAAAGAGUUGGGAAAGCUUCCUUAUAUAAGGGGACAUCUUCGCUUUGAAAAUUUGCAAAAUGUUAACCCUGAAGAUGUUUGGGCAACCAAUCUAAGGUUUAAGGAGAACCCUAAGACAUUGGAGUUCAAAUGCGGUGGUAAAAGAAAGGAUUCAAAACAUGCCAGAAGCGUGCUUGAGCAAUUAUGGCCUCAUGAGAAAGUGGAAAGUCUUUCCAUAGUGGGUUAUGAGGGAUUCAAAGAAGUGGUGUCUGUGGGUUCUGAGUUCUAUGGAAGCUAUCUUCCUCCAAUGAAGCCAUUUGGAUCCCUCAUAAUUCAAAGGUUUGAAAGGUUGGAAAAGUGGGAGGAGUGGAAAGAUGAAAAUGAUGCUUUUCCACUCUUAGAAGAGCUUUACGUAAUAAAAUAUCCCAGACUAACAAAGGCAGUGCCCAGUAAUCUUCCUUGUUUGAAAAAGCUUGUGGAAUGUAGGAAGCAGCUUGCGCCUUCACUUCAAGUGGCUCCAAACAUUUAUGUUGUGGAUUUUUCUAGUAUGGUGAAGUUCAAUAAAUUGCCUUCUGGCCUAUAUCAUUUGGAACUUAACAAAUUGAACUCUGUGAAUUCCGUUAUGGAGGGAAUAGAAGAGGAUGGUCUUUCCUCUAGUUUAGAAGAAAUAGUAAUCAGAAGGAGGAUCACCUGCCUCACAUUUGGUAGAGUUCGUCUUGUGGAAUUGCAAAAAAUUGAAGUCGCUGCCUGA